AUGAGCCGGGCACCAGGAGCUGGGACAGGAAAGCUGAGGAUUUCCUCCAAGUUGGACCCAGAGCAUCCCUUGGCCCCUCGUGCUCCCAUCGCCAGGUUCUACACAGCCCUGGUCACAGGAGACCUGAGGAGCCUGCAGCUCCUGACUGAGAGGUACCACCAGGAUGUCAACCUGGUCUUUGAGAUCAGUAAGAACCAGCUGGAGUGGCAGGUGAAAAGCCAAGCCUCCUAUGGACUCUCAGGGCUGUGGGCUCUGGAGGAGCGCCUGGAGCUGAGCUCCCCUCUGUGCCUGGCCGCCCGCCACGGCCACCCCGACUGCCUGCGGCACCUCCUGCGCCGCGGGGCCGACCCCAGCCUGGCCCCGGGGGGAGAGGCUCCCCUGCACCAGGCCUGCCUGGGGGGGCACAGCGACUGCGUGGAGCUGCUGCUGGAGUACAGGGCCCAGCCCAACGUGCUCAGCGAGCGGGGCACGGCCCCGCUGCACCUCUGCACCUCACGGGACUCCCUGCGGUGUGCCAAGCUCCUGCUGCUGCAUGGGGCGGCCGUGGAGCUGCCGAGCGAGGCGGGAGGUGACACAGCCCUGCACGUGGCCGCCAGGCACCGUCUCUGCCACCACGCCCGCCUCUACCUGCGGCGCCGCGCCCGCGUCGACGCCCGCAACGCGCGCCAGGAGACGGCCCUGGGCGUGCUCUGCGGGCAGGCCCCAGCCCAGGACGACCAUUCCCUGCAGCUUUUCCAGCUGCUGCUCAACCACGGCGCCGACGUGGAGGCGCGGGAUGAGAGCUGGAGGCGGCCCCUGCACCGGGCCUGCGGGGCGGCCAACGCCGAGCUGGUGCGGCUGCUGCUGCGGCGCGGUGCCGACGCCAACGCCAUCGACUACGACGGCGUGUCCCCGCUGGGCUGGGCCCUGCAGGCCGCGGCCUCCCGCCCCGAGCUGCGGCCACACCUCACCGUGCAGCUGCUGCUCAACCAUGGAUCCCAGAGGAUUUGGCCAUCGGCCUUUGUCAAGGUGCUGAAAUCCUGUGCAGCCGUGCCAGAGGUCAUCGAGGUCCUCUUCAACUCCUACUCCCAAAUCCCGGUGUCCCAGGAGUGGAGAGAGGCCGUGCCACAGGAGCUGUUCCAGCAGCACCGGGCGUUCUACGAGUCCCUGCUGGGGCUGGCGGGCACGGCCCGGAGCCUGCAGCACCUGUGCCGUGCCGCCAUCCGGGCACACCUUGGCGACAAGUGCCACUGCCUCAUCCCCCUGCUGCCCCUGCCCAGGGCCCUGCAGGAGUUCCUGCUGCUGGAGCCCCGGGGAGUGGUGCUGUGA